AAAGGACCUCCUAAAAAGUUACGGCAAUGGACUCCAGCGAUGUAGAGCCUAGUGAAAAUGCCGACGAGCCGGCCAAUUUCGGCCAAGGUGAUUUACUUUGCAAUGAGCAGCUGGAAAGUGAGGAGGAGAGUAGCAAAGUGAGAAAUGAGGUCUUGCAAACAUCAUGUGAGGAACUGCAAGAGGAUGAGGAUAAGGAAGAGGUAGAUGAGGAGGAGGAGGACGACGAAAGAGAUGAGGAAGUGGAAGUAAAUGAGGAUGAUGAAUGUGAGGUUAUACAGGAUAAGGAAGAAGAGGCAGAACAGCUAAACCAACCUCAAAGGACUCCUGUCACAACUUUCCAUACUGUCAUUAUUAAUAGUGACCCCACUGAAGUUCUUGAGACAGGUGAGGAAGAGGAGCCUGCUAUGGUUUCUUCAGAAGAAGGCUUUUGUGUACUUCAGGUUGAAGAUCCAGCAACUCCUCCGGAAACUGAACAGUUUCAAGCACGAGAGACUGUUCCACCUGAGUGCCAUUUAAAUUAUGUGACAGUUUGUAAUCGCAUGCAAGAGUUCUUUGACAGGAAUGAUUCUACAGAAGAUGCAUUUUCUCACUUGCCCACAUCAUACUCUUCACAGUCUUCUAUAGGCCUGUACACUGAACAAAAUGAAAAGCAGGAGAUGAUGCAAGGUGUCAAAAGAACCUACCAGAACUUAGAAAGUGAGCAUGAACAGGAGGACGAUAGUCAAAAUGUUAAGCUGCAACCUCAAAGCACCACAAACAGCAGCUCUUUGAUUAUUCCUUCUAAAGUGAUCAGCCUGGCAGAGUUUCAACCAGUGGACCUUAAAAUUAACCCUGUUUAUGCCACCCGUCGCUACACUCGCUAUGCUAACAGAAUUAAGGGUGGUUACUCCCACUAUAGAGCCACAGGUGUUAACUCACUUUUAGAGGAAGGAUCUCUUGAUGAACAGAGUGACACAAUAAAGCAUGAUGAAACAACAGAAGGUGUACCUAUGCCUCCUGCACCAAAGAAGAAAACAAGAACAUUAUAUUCACCUGAACAGUUAGAAGAGCUUGAACGGAUGUUUCAGGAGGAUCACUACCCAGAUGGAGACAAGAGAAAACAUAUUGCUGCUUCCAUAGGUGUUACACCACAAAGAAUUAUGGUGUGGUUUCAGAACCGGCGAGCAAAGUGGCGAAAAAUUGAAAAGACCACAUUGAAGCAAGAGAAGAAGUACUCUGGUAGUACCAUAGUGUCUACUUUACCCACUAAUGUCCUGCCAGCCCCUCAGAUCUCAACUCACAUUCAGCUAACUGCACCACCCAAUGGAGGAGGAAUACUAGCAUCUGUCCAUCCCCAGCCAGCUGUGUCACGAUUGGCAGCUCCGCACAACCAGACGCAUUUUUCCAACAUGGUAAAUCUGUCUUCUAGCCCCUCAGAUAAAAGCAUCCCAGCUCCAGGGACAAUGGUGGAGAUGACACAAGCAGCCCUGAACCAACCAGUUUCACAGAGCUCCCAAGUGGAGUACUUGCUCACAAUUCCCAGUCCACCUCCCCUGCGUCGUGCAAGCCUGCCAAUGGGCACCUCCUUCAACCCCACUAACCAUCUUGUCCCACUGAUGCUUGACACUCCUGAAAGUACUUGUAACCAGUCUGGACAGGAGGGCUCUUCUCGUGAACUUCUCAAUUACUCUGUGCAAAGUGAUGGUUCUGGCUCUCUUUGUGAUUACACUGAUCAUCUCACCACUUCUAUCAAGGUGGAACCGCAGCACUAUAUGCAAGGUCCACAGAAUUCCACUCCAAUGGCUUCUUACCAGCUAGGACAAUUUGCACAGCAACAUGCUGGGCUGCUGCCAGCCCAUAGCUUAAAUCAUGGCCAGCUUUCACAAUAUCAGCGGUUCCCCUUCCUCAACACCAGCUAUCAAGCUAAUGUGAGCCUUGCACCAACACCUCCAGUUGAUUCCACUGCAUCUUUUCUUAACUUUGGAGCUUCAAAUGCCAUUACCAAUUCUGGAAUCCUGACAUAUACUGCUGGAAAUGGCCGUGGAUAUUAUCAAGGCCAAUCUGGAAACCAAAUUCUUUUGCAGCAAGGCAUGCACGCAUUUCAGACAUUUCCUUGGAGUGACAUGUACAGCCAACCCAGCCAGUUUACUUCAUCAUUGUAUCAAAGAGGUCUGUAUCCAGGGCUAACCCGUCCUGCUGACCCAAGCCUGUACCAGCCCACAUCCAGCCAACACUUCAUUCAAGUCCAAAGACCUACCUCUUCAACUGCAGCCUCUCAGAGUUUAUUCCAGGGGGCCCAGAGGAUUGUUCCCCCACAAAAUUUGUACCAGACUUCCCGGAGCUCACGAACAGAGUUCCAGUCAACUGAACACUCCGAUUGCCAGGGUGGGAGUGGUGUUAAAAAGGAAGCUGACUCUAACAACAAUUUCAAUCAAGAAAUGGACAAGUAAGUCCACUAGAGUGGUGGAGACGUACAAGCUGUGGAAGGCGAUGGGCCAUUGUCUUUGUAAAGAUGCUUAUUGUCUUUCUUUUGCGUUUGCUCACACGUUUAGCACUUGAUGUGCAGGUUUAUUUGUGUGUGUGUGUGUGUUUUUUUGUUUUGUUUUGUUUUGAAUUGUUAAAAAUGACUGACAUUUAUUUUGAAAUUGUGACACCUGAAAACCAAAUCAUAGGCAGGAUGUAGCUGAUCUGAGAUCUGACUACAGGAGAGUUGCACUGACACCCUGAACUUGCUGUUUUUGGAAUAAAAUAUGUAUGAUUAAGUAAGGAAAAUAUUUUCUGAGUAUUGUUUACUAAAGUGAACUGGAGC